UCAAACGUUAAAUUGACCUCGAUCUUCCCGCGAAAUUGCAAUUCCAGCAAUCCUGCCCGCCAGAAAGACACGAUGAGUUUAUGGGUUGAUAAAUACCGUCCAAAUUCUCUCAAUAAACUAGACUUCCACAAGGAGCAGGCAGCCCAUUUGAAAAAGCUGGUAAACAGUGGGGAUUUCCCUCACCUGAUUGUGUAUGGACCAUCAGGAGCAGGAAAGAAGACACGGAUCAUGUGUCUUCUGCGUGAGCUGUACGGAUCUGGAGUGGAAAAAUUGCGCAUAGAGCAACACAACUUUACAACCCCUUCCAAUAAAAAGUUGGACAUAUCCACUAUCUCCAGUAACUACCACAUAGAGGUCAACCCAAGUGACGUGGGAAAUAAUGACAGAGUAGUCAUUCAGGAGCUCAUAAAGACAGUUGCACAGACAAACCAGCUUGAGUCAUCAUCACAGAAAAGCUUUAAAGUGGUCAUUUUGACCGAGGUUGAUCGUCUCAGUGUUGACGCCCAACAUGCUCUACGACGGACCAUGGAGAAGUACAUGGCCACCUGUCGACUGAUUCUCUGCUGCAACUCCACUUCGAAGGUCAUUCCUGCUAUCCGCAGUAGGUGCCUGGGGGUCAGGGUGGCAGCCCCUUCCAUAGAACAGAUAAGUCAGAUCCUUCAGAGUGUUUGUAAGAAAGAAGGAUUGACCUUGCCAUUGGAAUUAGCUACCAAAAUAGCCAAAAAGAGCAACAGAAAUCUGCGCCGUGCCCUGCUGAUGUGUGAGGCAUGCAGAGUCCAACAGUAUCCAUUCCGACCUGACCAAGAGGUGACUGAGCCUGACUGGGAGUUGUACCUUAAAGAGACAGCAAAUCUUAUCGUCCAACAACAAUCGCCAAAACGGCUACUGGAGGUCCGAGCACGUCUGUAUGAGCUUAUCACACAUUGUAUACCGGCAGAUGUUAUCAUGAGGGGCCUACUACAGGAACUGGUGAAGAAUUGUGAUGGGGAGCUCAAAUUGGAGGUGGUGCAGUCUGCUGCAUACUAUGAACAUCGUCUUCAGACUGGACAAAAGGCCAUUUACCAUCUAGAGGCCUUCGUGGCCAAGUUUAUGGCUAUUUAUAAACGUUUUUUCGAGGAAGGCAUUGCAGAUCUGUUCUGAUGAUUUACUGCCUUCUGUAACGCUUCUUCAAGGAAGCUUGUUAUGACUUUCUUUACCAGAGACAAUUCUUUCACAAAGACAUCUCAGAUAUGUUCUGAUGAGACUAUACCUCACUGUAUAGUACAGUUCUUGUUGAGUUAUGAAUCUUCAUCAGAAUGGUUUCAUUUACCAUGGUAACCAGACUGUAACAAUGAGAUUUGUUUAAACUGUGGUGUAAGUGGUGAGGGCUUUGAUUAACACUGCGGGAGCCCUAGUGAGGGUCUAGACUAACAUUGCUGGGGUUCUAGACUAGAAUUGUUGGGUUUUAGUGAGGGUUUAGAUUAAUCUGAUGAAACUUGAUAAGAGAGUGCUUAGUGAUGAGAUACAUGUUAAACUGUGAUUCUACAUUAGAAACGAAAAUUACGUCAAGUUUUAAAAUGAAAAGUUUGUGUGUAAAUGAAAUUGUGCUAUUAAAAUGUAAUAACAUGUA